AAAAGUAAAAUGGAGGCGGUGAGGUGGAGAAGAAGGAGGGAGGGAGGCGCUGUCCGGGGCUGAUCAGGACCAUGGCUAACACUCACACACUGCAGCCGCCUCCGUCUCCUCCACCACGGCCUCGAAGUGCACCAAACCUCCGUGAGAAAACAUGGUUUUUAACGGUGGAGCUGACGGAGCAGCGGGAAAGUGUCCGUGUGCCAGUGACGAGCUGAACAUGGCCGCUCAGACGUUUUCAGAUGAGAUGUCGCUGAUGGAGGACAGUCACAGUCUCAGUGACAUGUCCAAGAACACGCCCCCCGCCCCUCAGCUGCUGAUGCUGGCUAACGUGGCGGCGGUGACGGCGGUGGGCGAGGGCGGCGGCGGCGACGGCAGCACGGCCGACGAGAAGGAGAUGAUGGAGCUGAAGACGGUGGGAUGCAGUUAUUCAGACAGUGAGGACGAGAGCGUCAUCAGGUACAGCUAUGACGACCAGAACAACGUGGAGGUUUGUAUCGUCGAUUAUCCCGAGUCUCCGCGUCCCGUCGGCGCUGAGGUCGUCGGUCCAAAUGAUUUGGGAGAUGUCGAGAAGAACAAAGGUGACAGAGCUGAAGACCUGCCCCCCUGUCAGCCCCGCCCCUCCACACCUGAGCAGCAGGUCGUCAAGCGUAAAGACGACGUGAAGAAGAAGAAGCCGUUCCACUGUAAACCGUGUCACUUCCAGGCGCAGUGCGAGCGCGACUUUGUGGAACACCUCGGCAGCCACAGUGUCAGCAAGAUGAUGGUGGUGAACCGGGUGGAGGGGCGGAGCAAGACCAGGAGCAAGGAGGCGGAGACACCUGAGGCCCAGCCCCCUUCAGGAGGUGAGGCGGGGCCGGCGACGGCGGUGGACAUCAAAGGCGUGAUCCGGUGUGAGCGGUGCGGGUACAACACCAACAGAUACGACCAUUACAUCGCUCACCUGAAGCACCACAGCAAAGAGGGCGAGGACCACAGAGUGUUUAAGUGCACGUUGUGUCCGUACACCACGGUGAGUCAGUAUCACUGGAGGAAACACCUGAGGAACCACUUCCCCAGUAAACUGCACACCUGCAGCCAGUGCUCUUACUUCUCCGACAGGAAGAGCAACUACAUCCAGCACAUCCACACGCACACAGGUGUGCGUCCCUUCCAGUGUCCUUACUGCAACUAUUCCAGCGCACAGAAGACGCACCUGACCCGACACAUGAGGACGCACUCAGGCGAGCGUCCGUUCAAGUGUGAGAGCUGUAACUACCUGGCAGCCAAUCAGCACGAGGUGACCCGCCACGUCCGGCAGGUCCACAACGGUCCCAAACCUCUGUCCUGUCCCUACUGUGACUACAAGACCGCAGACCGCAGCAACUUCAAGAAGCACGUGGAACUCCACCUGAAACCACGCCAGUUCCUCUGUCCGCUCUGCAAGUACGCCGCCUCCAAGAAGUGCAACCUGCAGUACCACAUCAAGUCCAGACACUCCGGCUGCAGCGUCUCUCUGGACGUCUCCAAAGUCAAACUGCGUGUCAAGAAACCUUGUUCUGAUGGCACUGAGGAAAACGCCGUCACCAGAGGAAGCAAGUUAGACAAUUCAUCCAGCGUCGACGAGGACUUUGACAUGGACGACGGCAACGAAGAGGACGAGGAGGCGUCCGUGGACUCGAGUCCCAUCAAUCUGUCCGUCAGAAAGAGCAGCAGGUCCAGCGAGACGCCGGACAAGGCUGCGGGGAAAUCUUCCGAGAAAGUCUUGAAGACAAAGGACAAAGUGGAGCCAGAGAAGAAGAUCUCAACCAGACUGAAGAAGACAGAGAUCACGCCCACUGCAAGCUCCGCCCCUGCCAAAGAAAUCCACACAGAAACCACUGCUGUUGUCAAGAGGAGAGUGAAGAAGGUGCCGAGUGUCCACGACCAAGCUGAGGAAGUCCACACGGAGUCUGAGAAACCGGACCAACAAAGACCCAAGGACGAAAGAACCCCGAGGCAGAAGAAGGAGGAAGACAAAUCCAAGCCAGAGAAGCAAAAAGAAGAACAGAAGAACGACAACAAAAGUCUGAACAAGACCAGGAAGAGUGGAUCAAAGAAGUGCGAGAAAACUCUAGAACCUGUCCAAGAGUCUCAAACCAAACCACAUGAGAAGAUUCAGAAGGACAAGAAGGUCAAAUCAAAGGCGGUGAAGAGGAAAACAGUGGAGGCUCUGGAUCUGUCCACCAAGACUUCACAUGAGACACCGGCCAAGACCAGAAGACUGAAAACUGCCAGCACCACAGAGAAGGUGCAGCCAAAACCUGCUUCAGCUGUAGGUCUCAGUCCAACACAGCACAAGUCCACCGGGACAACCACGAAAAACAAGUCCACCAGGACGUCCAACAAGACGGACACAGACACGACCACUCCUGAGCACCUGCAGACAGACACACCCUCUGAGAAGACUGAUGCUCCGCCCACCUGCAGCUCUGCUGCCCCCGCCUUCCUCAAACCCUCGUCCCCGCCCUCUCUGCUGCUCCCGAGCCAGAGAGUCAAACCCUCGGAGCCCGAGGACGACGAGGGGAUUCACAGCAGCCACGAGGGAGGAAGUGACAUCAGCGACAGCGCCUCCGAGGGCAGCGACGACUCCGGGCUCAACGGCGUCCGGUCGGGGAAGUCGUCCAACGACCCCGAGACGCCCACGGACGAGAUCCCCACGCCCACGGAGCUCAAGAGUCACCUGUGCAUCUUCUGUGACCGCACGUUUCCCGUGGAGGUGGAUUACCGCCGCCACCUGAACCGCCACCUGGUCAAUGUCUACUACAUGGACCACACCUCUGAAGGUCAGGAGGCAACGCCCGUUUCCACGGAAACAGGUUUCUGAUUCAAACUGUCUGAAACCAGAAGGUUCCACCAGGGGGCGCUGUCAGGUCAAAAGUUCACAUCACAUUUUUUCUGUCCUCACUUCCUGUUUUUGUUAUUAUGGAAUCGUAGACGAGUAGAACUAUCUUGUGUAUUUUAUUUUGAAAACCGUCAGUGCCUUUGACAAUCAUUAACGUCUGUGUUACUUUAGCCCCGCCCCCUCAGAGUCAAAACAGACGAGUCAUGUUUCUGUUUGUGCAAUAAACGGUCGUCACUUGACGUUCGGUCAUCACGUGACACGCGUGUCUAGGAAGGAGACACGAGGAGACAGGAAGGAGAGACAUGACCCCGUAUUCUUCAUGUCUCUCCAUUAUUGAUUGGCAGUGGGUGGAGUCUUCAAUGGUCAUGUGACCGUCCUGUCGUUUUAUUUUGACCAAAGUCAAAGCUGGACAUUUGUGAGCAGCUCUUCAAAAUAAAGGUCAAACAGACAAGA